UCUUGCAAUGGAAAAAAAUUCAGAGCAGAAAAAGCCCAGCAUUCCGGAGCUUUUUAAAGGAAAAUGUAUAUUUAUCACAGGUGCAACUGGAUUUUUGGGUAAAGUCUUGCUGGAAAAGUUGCUUCGUUCAUGCCCCGAUAUUCAAGAAAUUUUGGUUUUACUUCGUCCAAGAGAACCAGGAACUGUUGAAAGCAGAUUAUCGGAUCUGUUAAAGCACAAGGCUCUCUUACAGGCUUUUGACAGAAUACGAGAGGAAUGUGAACACGUCCUAAAGAAAGUGAAGCCUCUAGAUGGUGAUUUAGUUGCUCCUAAUUUAGGAUUAAGCGAUGAGGAUCUCAAAAAAGUAAUAAAUGAUGUCUCAUUCUUCUUCCAUUGUGCAGCCAAUGUAAGAUUUGACGACGAACCAAGGUCAACCAUGAGGAUUAACUUACUUGGAGUGAAGAAUGUUCUGAAAAUCUGCCACGAAAUCAUAAAACUUGAGGCUUUCGUUCAUGUAUCAACUGCUUACGCUUUUUGCAACCAAGCUUUUAUUGAUGAACGUAUAUACCGAGAAGCAACUACUCCUGAUCAGAUUAUUGAAAUACUCAGCUGGAUGUCUAAUAGGGAACUGCGGAGUCUGUGCGAAUUCUAUUUGGAAGGCAGGCCUUCACUCUAUCAUUUUUCUAAAGCAUUGGCAGAGAAUCUUGUAUGUGCAAAUGAGCCACCUUUACCUGCAAUUAUUGUACGCCCUUCCAUUGUAACGGCAUCUGUAUCUGAACCGUUUCCAGGAUGGAUUGAUAAUUAUAACGGGCCAAGUGGUUUCCUGAUGGUGUGCGGGAAAGGUGUGGUGCGUACACUGCUUGUACGUAAGAAUGUCAAUGCUGACUGGGUUCCUGUAGACACCGUGGCUAAUACGCUGAUUGUAGCAGCACAUUACAUUGCUGUUAAAAGCAAGCUUCCCGAUUCCGAGGUGAAGUUAGAAUGCCCUUCCAAAGUUCCUAUAGUUAACUGCACUUGUCCAAAUAGUAACAUAAUAUCGUGGAUGAAGGUUGUGAGCCUGUGUCUACCGUAUCUGAUAAAAUACCCAAGUUCUGAAGUUUGGAGUAAGCCGGGUGGUACAGUUACAUCAUGUUAUGUACAUUAUAAAAUAUGUCAAAUUUUCCACCAUUAUAUUCCCGCAUACAUCACGGAUAGCAUUGCAUUCAUCUUUAGAAAGAAGCCCAGGUUCGUUAACAUGUACCAUCGCAUCCACGGUGUUAUGAACCACCUGCAAUACUACACAAAUCGCAAGUUCUUUUUCCUUACAAGAAAUAUGAGAAAACUGGUGGAAGAUAUGGAGCCUGCAGACGCCGAGAUAUUUCCAAUUGAUCAAAACAAACUGGAUUGGGAAGAAUACAUGAAGAAUUACGUACUAGGAGUAAGACGUUAUUAUUUGAAGGAAAGCGAUAGCACACUGGAAAGUUCUCGACGAAAAAUGAUGAGGUAUUACUACUUAUGGCUGACUCUAAAAUGUGCUUCAGCUAUAGGAGUUUUAUAUUUAUUCAAGAAACACCAUUGGAAACUUUGGCUGUGCGUAAAGUUUGUGCUUCCAUUACCAAGCUCCAAAUCGAUUCUUGAAUAUAGUGGUAUUUCAGUGCUAAGUGGAUUAGGAAGAAGAAUCUCUGUGAGAGCUUAA